AUGGGAAAAUCAAAGGUGAAUGUUGAAACGAAUCUUCAAGAUAAUUUGACAUAUAUUAAACCUGAAAAUGUAUCUCCUCCAAUAGAUACAUCUAAAUGGCCUUUAUUGUUAAAAAAUUAUUCAAAUUUAAAUGUACGAACUGGUCAUUAUACACCAUUACCAUUUGGUAGUUCUCCAUUAAAUAGAAAUUUAAGUGACUAUUUAAGUUAUGGUGUAAUAAAUUUGGAUAAACCUGCAAAUCCUUCAUCCCAUGAGGUUGUAGCAUGGAUAAAAAAAAUUCUUCGCUGUGAAAAAACAGGUCAUAGUGGUACAUUAGACCCAAAAGUUACAGGUUGUUUAUUAGUAUGUUUGAAUAGAGCUACAAGACUUGUUAAAUCACAGCAAAGUGCUGGUAAAGAAUAUGUUUGUAUAGCUCGAUUUCAUGCAAAACCAGUAAGUAAAUUUGCGGUGGCACGUUCUUUAGAGACCUUAACUGGUGCGUUAUUUCAGAGACCACCAGUUAUAGCUGCUGUAAAGCGUCAGUUACGAGUACGUUCUAUAUAUGAAACUAAAUUAUUAGAUUAUGAUGAAAAAAGAAAUUUAGCUGUAUUUUGGGCAAAAUGCGAAGCUGGAACAUAUAUUAGAACAAUGUGUGUACAUAUGGGAUUAUUAUUAGGAGUUGGAGCUCAUAUGCAAGAAUUACGUCGUGUAAGAAGUGGUUGUUUAUCAGAGAAUGAUAAUAUGGUUACAAUGCAUGAUGUUCUUGAUGCUCAAUAUGUACUUGAUAAUCUUAAAGAUGAAUCAUAUAUGAGAAGAGUAGUAUCUCCUUUAGAAAUCUUAUUAACAGAUUUACCAAGAGUAGUAGUUAAAGAUUCAUGUGUUAAUGCAAUAUGUUAUGGUGCUAAGUUAAUGAUACCAGGUGUAUUAAGAUUUGAUUCAAAUAUAGAUGUAGAUACAGAAAUUGUAAUGAUGACAACUAAAGGAGAAGCUAUUGCUAUAGGUAUAGCUCAAAUGACUACAGCUGUUAUUGCAACAGUAGAUCAUGGUGUUGUUGCAGUAAUAAAAAGAGUAAUAAUGGAAAGAGAUACAUAUGAUUUACGUUGGGGAUAUGGACCUAGAGCUUCUGAGAAGAAGAAACUUAUUCUUGGAGGGAAAUUAGAUAAAUAUGGAAAACCAAAUGAACAAACCCCAAAGUCUUGGUUAAAUUCUGAGGGUUAUUUACCUCAAUUAAUUGGUGAUAAACCACAAGAAAAAUCUAAGGAACUGAAUAAAAUUAGUGAGGAAGUAGAGACUAAAACUAAAGAUAAAUCAGAGAAAAAGAGGAAGAAUCAACAGGAAGAAUUAAAUGAAGAUAUAGAGAGCCAUUUAAAAGACAAAGAAGAUAAGAAGAAGAAAAAGAAACAUUCAUAA